UCCUUUCCUUCGUCUCUUUCAUCGCCUACGCCAUCAUUUUCCACCAAAACUUCUACUUCUUCCUCUUCCUCUCUUCUUACACCAUUUUCUCUUUUCUUACUCUCCUCUUCAACUCUUUCUCUCCUUCACCACCCUUCUUGAAGUGAAUAAAGAAGAAGAAAAUGUCUGGUGUGUCUCCAGCAAUGUCUCGUCCACCAGCAGCAACGGGAGAAGAAAGGGUGUCUUCAGCAGGCAUGAAGUCUAAACGGCGAGCAGAAGAGGGUUCACAUGGUGGCAUGAUGGGUUCACUACGCAUGAUAGAGCUUCAGCUUGUGGCCUUCAUUUUGGUGUUCUCGGCAAGUGGGCUUAUCCCACUCCUUGACCUAGUUUUCCCUGUACUUGCCUCUGCUUACAUCUUGGCACUCUCAUAUUUUGCCUUUCCAUCAAAGUCGUCAUCAUCAUCGUCAUCAGAUUCAUCUGGGUCGGGGACUGAGCUAUUCAAAGGGAGCAGAAUGUUCCGAAUGUAUGUGGUUCUUGGAACCACUGUGGGGUUGUUCUUGCCAUUGGCUUAUGUGCUUGGAGGGUUUGCAAGAGGGGAUGAGCAUGCUGUGCGUUCAGCCACCCCUCACUUGUUCUUGUUGUCCUUUCAGAUAUUGAGUGAGAACAUCAUUGGAGGGUUGUCUUUGUUUUCACCACCUGUGAGGGCCAUGGUUCCCUUGCUCUACACAGUCAAGAGGAUCUUUGUGGAUAUUGAUUGGAUUCAUGAUGUCUGGCUCAACAAGACUUUGCCUGUCAAUGCCAGGUUUCAGGACAUGGCGUGGGAUUUGUUCGGGAAGUUUCUGGCAGUGGCGAAUCUGGUUUAUUUCUCCAUCAAUCUAUUCAUGUUCUUGGUUCCUUGCUUCCUUCCAAGAGCUUUUGAGAGGUAUUUCCAAGAGAAGGGAGAGAUCUUCGCUAAGUCAGCAGAGGACAAGCUAUCUGUGGUUCACAACAAAUCCCAAUUUCCAGAAAAGAAGACAGAUUAAGAGCCAAUUUCACUUCACUUGCAAUUUUCAAUACUUGACUACUUUCUUUUUCUCUUAAAAAAACGUUUAUGACUGUAUGAUGAUAUGAUAUGAUAUGUGAGCCUGGGACUUCAAGUCUGGCUCCUUCUUUAGAUUAAGAAACUGUGGUUUUUUUAUAGAUUUUAUGUAUCAUACAUGUUAAUCCUAAUCUGGAGAUUUUCUA